AUGCUUACAGAUCUUCAAAUACAAAUGGCCCAAGAACUGUUGCAUCGCCAAUUUCCUUAUAUCGAGGGGCUGCUGUCUCCAACAAUUGGGAAGGCAGAACAGUUUCCAGUGAUGCGGAACAGCUUCAUUCAAGUGCUACACACUGGUGGUAAUCACUGGGUUUGUGUCAGUAAUAUUGGAUGCAGCCACAACAACCAAGUGAAACUCUAUGACAGUCUUUAUAGUGGAAUUGCGCCAUUCACCAGAGAGCAGAUUGGUGCCCUUCUUUUCAACCAAGACAGCAAUGUUAUUGAAAUUUGUGUCCCUCCUGUUGACCAGCAAACAAAUGGGACAGACUGUGGAGUUUUUGUGAUUGCAUUUGCCACAGCACUCUGCCAUAAUAUGGACCCCACAUCACUUAAGUUCAACAGGCGGGCAAUAAGGGCACAUCUCUUAGAUUCCCUUAAAAUUGAUACAUUGGUAUAUUCCCUUUGA